CAAUCCCAUAUACAAAAGCACUGCCGACAGACAUGUUCGACCUCCCCAGCGCAAAGCGCGUCCGUCGCGAAGACCUCCUAACCCGAACAUCCACCUCACCCUCACCCUCCCCACCCCCGGAAUCCUCCCUGACAGACGUGCACCAACGUCUCGGCGCCCUCCUAAACAUCGACUCUCUUCUCGCGCCCCCAUCCGACGACAAUCCAACAACACAAUCCACCACGUCCAACCCAGCCGAAGACGAAGACGAAGAACAAGAAUUCGAAUUCCGACUGUUCAGCGCCCCCGCCAAAUCCUCAUCCAAAAGCGAAGACCAAGCAUCAGCAGCUGCCGAAUCAUCUAGCACAACUCAAGCCCAGAAACUACGUAUUCGGGUACGUUCGCCGACACCCGGCGCCGUGGGCGUGGAAGAUGGACGCUUUGUGAAUCCGUUUCGGGGAUGGGGGUAUUAUUUCUCUGCGCCGGGGAUGAUGGCCGGGGAGAAGGAGAAGGAGCAGGAGGAGGAAGAGAGGUUGAGGGAGAAGAGGAGACAGUUUGAGGAUGUGGCUGUUUCGGGGGUGCAGGUUGUGGGGUUUUCGGGGGUUUCGUGGCCUGGGUGCCAUUUUCCCUGGAGGGUUGUUACGUUGAAGAGUGAGAAGAAGGGUAAGGGCGCGGCGGUGACGUGCGCGAAGGACCCCGCGGAACGGGCACCGACGUCGUUGAAGAAGCCUGGCAAGAAGCGCCGGAUUCAGUUGCGGAAGCGGGUUUCGGCUGCGGAGGAGAGGAAGAAGAAAGAGGAGGAGAAGAAGUUGUUGGAGGCGGAGAAGCGGAAUCGGAAGAAUCGUGAGAAGAAGAUUAAGCGCAGGCAGAAGGCGAGAGAGGAGAAGGCGGCUAAGGCUGCUGCUGCUGGUGCUGGUGGUGAGGUUCCGGCUGGUCAGAUGGAUGUGGAUGUGUCUUCGGAUGAGGGUAGUGAUUGAGGGAGUUGGUUAUCUUAUUGAGUGUAUGUAUGUUCUUCUAGCUCAGUUUCGGCUUAUGAUACCCA